UGUGUGUAUACCCUCAGUCAGAGUGUGUGUGUGUGAGAGAGAGAGAUGGCGCUGAACAGAAACCAUUCUCCUCAGGGAGGAGUGAUCAUCAACAACAGUGAGAGCGUGCUGAGAGACUGUAAAAAUGUGGAGCUCUCCUUCAGUGAUGUCACACAGAGGAGUGACCUGUUCAAGGGGACCAAGAAAGGCAGUGUGUACCUCACACCUUACAGGAUGGUGUUUGUGAGCAGUAAUAUGAAGGAGAAGUUCUGCUCCUUCAUGUUUCCAUAUUACCUGAUGAAGAACUGCAGCAUUGAGCAGCCUGUUUUCUCAGCCAACUUCAUCCAGGGCAUCAUCAAAGCUGAACCUGAUGGUGGUUGGGAGGGUCAGGCUAACUUUAAGUUGUCCUUCCCCAGUGGGGGCGCCAUUGAGCUCGGACAGCACCUCUUUAAACUGGCCUCCAAUGCAUCCCGUGCCCCCCCACAGAGCAGUGCAAAUGUUUUCGCCCCUGCAGGCUACAUGAACGGCUAUGCGAGUCCAGCGAUGCCUCAACCCUACUACAACCCGUACCCGUACCCACCCGCUGCUGCUCCAGGCAUGUAUGCCACAGCUCCACCCUACAUGGCUCCACCUCCUCCAUACCCUGGACCACCUCAGCAGAACUGGAACCCUCCUCCAGUUGUUCCUGGUAACACUAAAGCAGCCGAGGCAGCGGGCAGUGCUUACUACAAUCCCACCAACCCGCACAACGUCUACAUGCCGAUGGAUCAGCCUCCUCCCUAUUAUCCUCCCCAGAACCACCAGCCGGACAAGAAGAACAACUAAACCCCGCCUCCCCCUUUUCCGGUGAAGUCACAUGACCUCACCGUUAUGACAUCAGUUUUCUCUCAGAUUUGGUCGUACUGGAUAUUCGAAGCUGAACAGAUCUUAUUAUACAUACAUGUAUAUUGUAUCUCUAAUUUCCUCUGAGUGUGUGUGAUUUAAAAAGGAGUGUGUGUGAGUGUAUGCGUCAUGUUUAUAACCAGCAAAGUUUUUUCUAAUUCCGCUUUUCUGCACCUUCUCACUGUUUAUAAUUAAUCAGAAGUGUUUUAUUAGGAUUUGUUAAUAAGGAUAUAGAAACUGUCCGGACGCUUUGUCGCAGCUGUUGUGUUAGAUUCGCCGCUUAGUGACUUUAGUUUCCAUGGUGACCGCAUCAAACGCAGAUUUAUUCAAGGCCCUGUAUACUUGGGCAGCAUUUUGUGUGUGUGUUUGUGGAAAAUCUAUAGCACAGAUGCACAAUCAUUAAAACUUUAAUGUUCAUAAACUCUUAAUGCUGUGUGUAGGUUACCACAGGAUAUUAUGGGAUGGCUUUCUCUGUGCAAACACACACACAGGGUUUCCUUUGAUGUUCAUGAUUACUUUCUCUGUUUUGCAGCUGCUGGAUAAAAUUAUAUCAGUAACUAACUCUAAAUAAAUAAAUAUAUAAGAUUCUA